AUGAAAAUUCUCAUACCAGCCAAAAACGAAACACCGAAUCUGAUAUUCACACUAUUCGAAGAAUGUUCGCUAGAAGGUUUGAGAAAACGAAGUCAACGACAAGUAGUUGCAUUAUCAAAGCUCCUUAUCAAGCAGUCCGGAAAACUACGUAAAGAUUCGAAACCAACUGAAGAAGAGAGUCUGCAAUUGGAGAAUCUAAGGAAUACAUUGAAUACACAAUGGAAAGAGAAAAGAGAUUUAAUUGGAGACAGAGAGGUUUAUGUUUGUUAUGCUAAAAUUAUCUUGCUAUUGGUAUUAACAUUCCUCUGUGUUGUCUACACAAUCUGUUUUUCACAAACUCUAGCGGUGAAUUACACUUGGUAUCGAUUAGUUAUUAUCUUGGAGAUACUAUUGUCCUUGGUUUUUUUGUACCGUCUUCUGAAACUCAGUCGACGAAUCAUAGCUGAAAAACAAUCGGAAAAAAAGCUUGGUCCGGAAAGACAGGUUGUCUUAGAAAAGAUGAACGAUGAUUAUAGCGAACAAUUAGAAAAAUGCAUGGAUUUCUAUUCAAAAGAAGUAAUGCCACUGAAGGAAGAAGCCAGAACACUGGACAAUCGUGUUUUUCUUUGGAUUAUAAUCAGCGUGUUUAUUUUCUUAAUGAAUCUAUGGGCCGUGACAUUUUACGGCAUCAACGAGGCUCUCAAAGAAUUCAACAAUGAUUCACCAUUUGUGGUUGUUGUACUUUCUGGGGCAAUCAUCUUCACUAUGCUUGGUGUCGCUUUAGUUGUUGGAUUUCUGGAAUACAACGAAAUCGAAAUAUAG